AUGUCUUCCUGGAGAAAAUAUUGGUUCGUAUUGGAAAAAAGACUUUUGCUAUACUACAAAUCAAAAUUAGAAUAUACGAAUUUAUCACCCUGUCGUGGAUCUCUCAACAUGGGAUUGGUGACGACAGUUCGUCCAGGUUCAUCAUCAGGUCCAUGUAUAAUUCACAUAGUUACAAGAACACAAUCCAGAGCAAAAAAUAGAGCUUGUCAAGAGGAAUGGUUACAAGCAUUGUUACAUUCUAUGGCACUUCCUUUGUUUCCAAAAAUAAUAAAAAGUCCAUCAUCGAAACAAUUUAAUUUUCUAGGGGGUUGUACGACAUCACUCGAUAACAUUUCUUUAAAUAAUAAUAAUAAUAAUAAUUGGAGAAAUUUUGGAGACGAAUGGACAUUACCAAGAAAAUUAAAUUAUAGUAAAAGAUCACAAAUGAUGAGUGGAUCUUAUUAUGGUGGAAGUUUAGACACAGCCAUUUGGACGAAAAAAUUUAAAUCUUUACAAUCGUCAAACGUGAGAAAUCAUAAUAAAAAAAUGGAGAAAUUAUUAAUAUUUCCAAAAGAAAUAAAUUACGAAGAUUUCAUGAUGUCCUCGCAAAGAGACAUACACAAUUACAAUAAUAAUAAUGAAAAUCAAAUGAAAUUCUUAUGUAAAAAUGAUUAUUAUGGAUUUGAUGACGAAAUUAGAGAAAAUGAUGAUGAGAAUGAGAAUGAGAAUGAUGAUGAUGAUAUUAAUAAAAAAAAUUAUAAUCCUUCAGCAGAUUUUAUUUACGGGUUUAGCAAUAAAAAUAAAAAAAGACUGUUAAAAACGUUUAGCGAUAAUCAAUUAGUCAAAACGGAUUCUAUAAAAAAUUUUAAUGUAAAUAAAAAAAUGAAUCAUAAAAAAGAUUUUGAAAAUCAUUUUGGUCAUAUUAAAAAUGUACUUAGCAGAACGCAAAAAGAGAAAAGUGAAAAAAAACUCUCAACUCUUGGGGCUCCUGUUAAAAAAAGAAGGCAGAGUUUUUUACAAAAAGUUUUCAAAAUGAAAAAUAAUAAUAAUAAUAUUAUUGAUAAUGACAUACAAAUUCCAAAUGAAAAAUCAUUGGAUGUUACUGUUGAUAAUGAUGAAAAAGAUGAAGUUGGUGAAGUUUUAAUUGAUUUUAAAAAUGAAAAUGAAGAAGAGGAAUGCAUGAAUGAAACGGUUAAAGAAACAAUUGAGAAUGAAAAAAAUCAACAUGGCGGCGAUAAAAAGUUUAAGGGAGAUGUUAAAAAAAAUUUGGCGGGUUCGAAAACUAUAUUACCAGAUUCUGCAUUGGAAGAAUUGAAAAUGAAAUUAAAAACGAGAGAUAGUUUAGAAAAACAAGAAAUAGAAUUUAUAAACGAUGAAAAUUUUAAUAUUACCGAUAAUUUUAAACCUCCAUCCCUUCCUCCGAGACGAGUUUCAAGGCCGGUCUCACCCUGGCACGACGUUCCUUCCAAUAAUGCACCGAUUUAUAGCGAAAAAAAACAAUUUUUUUCACAUCAAGCAACUGUUAAAUUUAAAGACACGAACACUUCACAAAAUCUCGAAAUAACCGAAUGUAACAAACACGGAAAAAUUAAUCACGAAGAAAAUUGUUCUAGAACAAACGUAACGAAUUCUUGUGAAGAUUCGACUGUGAAAUCACAGCCUUUGAAUACAGUGGAAAAAGAAAGAAACGAAGACGAUUUGUCAACGCUGUUGGAGCAAUUGACAAAAAUAACUGUGGCGCCAUUGGCCGAACCUGAAUUUUCUGACCGCAGCUCAUCACCCGAAUUAAAUAAAUAUAAUGGGAAAAAUUUCAAUUUCGAUCCGGAUUAUGAUAUUCCAAGACCGCACAGGCCAUUUAAUUUAAAAGUGUCAAAUGAAUAUAUUGAAAAAGAGAACGACAUAAAAGCUUCGCACUUUUUAAGCAUCGAACCGGAUUCAUUGGAAAUAGAAGAAAUGUAA